GUCUUUACUCUGACGGACCAAGAAGUUUUGGUUGCUGGAAAGGUUCGUGUUCGGAAGAGACAGGACGAGAAAAGCGCAAAUGACUAACAAGCGCUGUUAAACAUUACGCGAAUGUCUCUAAAUUUCUGACAGGGGUAUGAACUCGCAGAUUAUUAAAAGAGAGGCCAAGCACCUUCGACAGUAGCUGUCUAGCUCGCUGCUAUUUGAUACGAGGACAGCGUAAAUUGCUGAGGGCACUCGCGCUUCCUCAGGCUCGGUUCUGUGGGACUUCAACCGAACUUUAACCCGGGAUGGGCGACCCAGCGGUACUGGAGAUUUGGACUGGAUCAGAAUAACAUCUAACAUCGGAGUUUUCGGUGCUCAGAUGUGGCUGCUGGGACUGGAGACGGGAGACGUGUCACUGAUAAAGCGGCUGGAGUUAAGAGCCACGGCGCAGACGUCCGUCCAUUCAGCCCGGUCCGCCCCACAGGGCAGUCCAUCCAGCCCCAAACCAGGACCUGUAGGAUUUUAUUCACCCUAAACUUCACCGCCCGGUGAAUGUAAGACUAUUUAACCGGAAAGACGCGUUUCGUCAGAAUGGGUACGUUGUUUCGUAGUGAGGAGAUGUGUCUGGCCCAGCUCUUUCUGCAGUCCGGAUCCGCUUAUGACUGCAUCAGUGAACUCGGCGAACUCGGGCUGGCGGAGUUCAGAGACCUUAACCCUAGUGUGAACUCUUUUCAGCGGAAGUUUGUCAAUGAAAUCAAGAGAUGUGAAGAGAUGGAGAGGAUUCUGGGAUAUCUUCUGAGGGAAAUUAAAAAAGAAGACAUCACACUGCCAGAAGGGGAGGUGAACCCAGCUGCACCAUUACCCAAACAUGUGAUGGUCAUAAUGGAGCAGCUUCAGAGACUGGAACUGGAGCUGAGUGAGGUCACCAGAAACAAGGAGAAACUCCAGAAGAAUCUUCUGGAACUGACUGAGUACACACACAUGCUGCGCAUCACACGCAACUUCGUGCACCGCAGUGCCGAGAGGGAGCCAUCACAGGUCCAGUAUGAAGAGUUUCCUUUCCUAGAGAAAGAACCCAUGAUGGACUACACCAGCAUGCAGAGGCUUGGAGCCAAACUUGGGUUCAUUUCUGGGCUUAUUCAGAGCGUAAAAAUCGAGGCGUUUGAGCGCAUGCUCUGGAGAGUGUGUAAGGGCUACACCAUCCUCAGCUACUCGGAGGUAGACGGCCUUCUCGAGGAUCCAGAUACGGGGGAGCCAACCAGGAGUGUGGUGUUCCUCAUCUCUUACUGAGAUCAGAUUGGACAGAAAGUUAAAAAGAUUUGUGACUGCUACCACUGUCAUCUGUACCCAUACCCCAACAGUAAUGAGGAGAGGACAGAUGUGGUGGAGGCUCUCCACACACGCAUUCAGGACUUGCACACGGUUCUUCACCGGACUGAGGAUUACCUGAGGCAGGUGUUGAUCAAGGCCUCAGAGUCUGUCUACGUUUGGGUGAUCCAGGUUAAGAAAAUGAAGGCCAUAUAUCACAUCCUUAACCUCUGCAGUUUUGAUGUCACAAACAAGUGCCUCAUUGCGGAGGUGUGGUGUCCCGUAAAUGAUCUGCCCGCGCUCCGGAGAGCGCUAGAGGAUGGAUCGAGGAAGAGUGGAGCCACAGUUCCCUCAUUUGUCAAUCGUAUCCCAAGCAAUGACACUCCACCUACACUCAUACGCACCAACAAGUUUACCUCAGGCUUUCAGAAUAUAGUUGAUUCUCACGGCGUAAGCAGCUACAGAGAGGUCAACCCAGCUCCAUAUACAAUCAUUACCUUUCCCUUCCUGUUUGCUGUGAUGUUUGGGGACCUCGGGCACGGCAUCAUCAUGGCGCUGUUUGCUCUGUGGAUGGUUCUCUAUGAGAAUGACCGCAAACUGAAGAAAACCAGAAACGAGAUCUGGAACAUUUUUUUCGAGGGUCGUUACAUCAUCCUGUUGAUGGGUAUAUUUUCAGUCUACACUGGAUUAAUAUACAAUGACUGCUUCUCUAAAUCACUCAACCUGUUUGGCUGGUGGAACGUCAGCGCUAUGUUUGUGCCUGGAACUCUCCGCUCAAAUAGCUUCCUUGCACUGGAUCCAAACGUCACAGGAGUCUUUAAAGGGGCCUAUCCUCUGGGCAUUGACCCGAUCUGGAACCUGGCGUCCAACCGUCUCACCUUCCUGAACUCCUAUAAGAUGAAGAUGUCCGUGAUCAUAGGAAUAAUCCACAUGACGUUUGGAGUCGUGCUUGGAGUUUUUAAUCACCUGCACUUCAGACGGACAUUUAAUCUGUACCUGAUAUUUAUUCCUGAGCUGCUCUUCCUGCUCUGCCUCUUCGGCUACCUGGUCUUCAUGAUCAUUUAUAAGUGGCUGUUUUUCACAGUCAGAGACUCUCAGACAGCUCCCAGCAUCCUCAUUCACUUUAUCAACAUGUUCCUGAUGCAGGGGGACUCCGGUCAGCCCCUCUACCCAGGACAGGCCGGGUUUCAGGUGUUCCUGGUGAUUGUGGCUGUGCUCUCAGUGCCUGUGUUACUCUUGGGCAAACCUCUCUACCUCUACUGGCAGCACAAGGGCAGAGACCGCCUGAGCAUGUACCGGGGUUAUCAGCGUGUACGGCGGAGCAGUGAGGAAGAGCUCUCUCUCAUGCAUGCUCAUGAUAUGGAGGAGGGCACCAGUCUGGACAGCCACUCCUCCAGCUCUGACAGCCAAUCAGAGGAGUUUGAUUUUGCUGAUGUCCUCCUCCAUCAGUCCAUACACACUAUAGAGUACUGCCUGGGCUGCAUCUCUAACACUGCGUCUUACCUCCGCCUGUGGGCUCUCAGCCUGGCACAUGCCCAGCUCUCUGAAGUGUUGUGGGCCAUGGUGAUGCGGGUCGGCCUGCGAGUGGACACCAGUGUGGGCAUUGUGUUCCUGGUGCCUGUUUUUGGUCUGUUUGCUGUCCUCACCGUGUCCAUCCUGCUGGUGAUGGAGGGACUUUCAGCCUUCCUUCACGCUCUCAGACUCCACUGGGUGGAGUUCCAGAAUAAGUUCUAUAGCGGCGCUGGCGUCAAGUUUAUACCGUUUGCCUUCUCUCUCUUGCACACCAGCUUUGAAAACGAGGGGUUAUUGUGAUCUGUCGCGCUAAACACCAGGCCAGAGCGGAUCUGUGAGAUUCAUUUUAACAGAUUUACACAUUGCACUACAUGCCAAAGUGCUCCAACCAAAUACUCUUUAUGUGGAGAUACCAGAUCAGCAUUGAAAAUACGUAAAACACUCUGAGAUAAAGCAACAGCUCUGGACUGUAAAUAGGA